CCAGUCCGGAAGAUGCGAGGAGGUUAGCGGGGCCCGACCACUCCUUGGCUUCCCAGGGGUGAGCCUCGCGAGUUAGGAGUUGGGUAGAGAGUCAGCCCGGGGCCCGGCAUCCGCUUUUUCGUUGAAGCAACGACUUUGGCCGGAUGACUCCCCAAGGUCGGCAUCAGCAUGGGACUGGGAACAGGUUAAGGAAAACAGAAGAGAACCUGAGAAGACCGCUCUCCUCCAAUCCUAAUUGACUGAGCCAAUGAGAGCCAAAGAGGUCACAUGCUCAACUGGGCGGGGAGCGGGUUUCCACCUGCGGCAUCUUUCGCAGAGGAGGGAGAUGAGUGGGGCGGAAUAUGGGAGAAAGGGAGGGCCCGCCACGCUCUGGCUGGACAUGGCCUUAAUCGGCCCGUUCACUCGACGUUUUUGGUUCUACAUCGACCCCAAGAAACCGAAACCGCAGGGCCUAGGGCGGGUGGAACGAGAGGGAACUACAUUUCCCAGCAGGCUGCGGAAACGGGACUCCGGCCACUACUUCCGGCGUGUACAGAGAGACUGGCGUUCGGUGUGCAGGUGGCCACAUGGAUCCCGGCAGCCGGUGGCGGAACCUGCCCAGCGGGCCUAGCCUAAAGCACUUGACUGACCCCUCUUAUGGAAUCCCGCGGGAACAGCAAAAGGCAGCGUUGCAGGAGCUGACGCGGGCGCAUGUGGAGUCCUUCAACUACGCUGUGCACGAGGGUCUCGGCCUCGCGGUGCAGGCUAUACCUCCCUUUGAAUUUGCUUUCAAAGAUGAGCGUAUCUCUUUUACUAUUCUGGAUGCUGUUAUCAGUCCACCUACAGUUCCAAAAGGGACCAUCUGCAAAGAGGUCAACGUUUAUCCAGCAGAAUGCCGGGGCCGAAGGUGUACCUACCGUGGGAAGUUGACAGCCGAUAUCAGCUGGGCAGUGAAUGGAAUCUCAAAAGGAAUCAUUAAGCAGUUUCUUGGCUAUGUUCCCAUCAUGGUGAAAUCCAAGCUUUGCAACUUAUAUAACCUUCCCCCACAAGCCCUCAUUGAGCACCAUGAGGAGGCAGAGGAAAUGGGGGGCUAUUUUAUAAUCAAUGGCAUUGAAAAAGUCAUCCGAAUGUUAAUUAUGCCUCGGAGAAAUUUUCCCAUUGCAAUGGUAAGACCAAAAUGGAAAACCAGAGGGCCUGGUUAUACUCAUUAUGGAGUUUCAAUGCACUGUGUGAGGGAAGAACAUUCCGCUGUCAAUAUGAACCUCCACUACUUGGAAAAUGGCACUGUUAUGUUGAACUUUAUUUACCGGAAGGAACUGUUUUUUCUUCCUUUGGGAUUUGCACUUAAGGCACUUGUCAGCUUUUCUGAUUAUCAGAUCUUUCAGGAGCUCAUCAAAGGAAAAGAGGAUGAUUCUUUCCUUAGGAACUCUGUUUCUCAGAUGUUAAGGAUUGUAAUGGAAGAGGGUUGUUCGACACAAAAACAGGUCCUUAACUACCUAGGUGAAUGCUUCAGAGUAAAACUCAAUGUUCCUGACUGGUAUCCAAAUGAGCAAGCUGCGGAGUUCCUGUUCAACCAGUGCAUCUGUAUCCACUUGAAAUCCAAUACUGAAAAGUUUUAUAUGCUUUGUCUCAUGACGCGAAAGCUCUUUGCUUUAGCCAAAGGAGAGUGCAUGGAGGACAAUCCUGAUAGUUUAGUGAACCAAGAAGUCCUCACACCGGGUCAGCUCUUCCUUAUGUUCCUGAAGGAAAAACUGGAAGGUUGGUUAGUGUCUAUUAAAAUAGCUUUUGAUAAGAAGGCUCAGAAGACCAAUGUUUCCAUGAACACUGACAAUUUGAUGAGGAUUUUUACAAUGGGAAUAGACCUUACAAAACCAUUUGAAUACCUUUUUGCUACUGGGAAUCUGCGUUCUAAAACAGGUCUUGGCCUCCUACAAGAUUCUGGACUUUGUGUUGUGGCUGACAAGCUGAACUUCAUACGCUACCUCUCCCAUUUCCGCUGCGUGCACAGAGGGGCUGAUUUUGCCAAGAUGAGGACCACCACAGUACGCAGGCUGCUGCCAGAGUCCUGGGGCUUCCUUUGUCCCGUGCAUACCCCAGACGGGGAGCCCUGUGGCCUGAUGAACCACCUAACUGCCGUAUGUGAGGUUGUCACACAGUUUGUGUAUACGGCAUCUAUUCCAGCUUUACUGUGCAACUUGGGGGUCACUCCCAUUGAUGGAGCUCCCCACCGAUCAUACAGUGAGUGCUACCCUGUCCUGCUGGACGGCGUCAUGGUUGGCUGGGUGGAUAAGGAGCUUGCUCCAGGCAUCGCAGAUUCUCUUCGUCAUUUUAAGGUGUUGAGAGAGAAAAGAAUUCCUCCCUGGACGGAAGUGGUCCUUAUACCCAUGACAGGAAAACCAAGUCUGUACCCAGGAUUGUUCCUUUUUACCACUCCUUGUAGACUGGUACGGCCUGUGCAGAACUUAGAAUUGGGCAAAGAAGAGCUAAUUGGAACUAUGGAACAGAUCUUCAUGAAUGUCGCUAUCUUUGAGGAUGAGGUUUUUGCUGGAGUUACCACACACCAGGAACUCUUUCCACACAGCCUGCUGAGUGUGAUUGCCAACUUCAUCCCUUUCUCUGAUCACAACCAGAGUCCACGGAACAUGUACCAGUGCCAGAUGGGUAAGCAAACUAUGGGCUUUCCACUUCUCACUUAUCAAGACCGAUCGGAUAACAAACUAUAUCGUCUUCAGAUUCCUCAGAGUCCCUUGGUGAGACCCUCCAUGUAUGAUUAUUAUGACAUGGAUAACUAUCCAAUUGGGACCAAUGCCAUCGUUGCUGUGAUUUCUUACACUGGCUAUGAUAUGGAAGAUGCCAUGAUUGUGAAUAAGGCCUCUUGGGAACGAGGCUUUGCCCAUGGAAGUGUCUACAAGUCUGAGUUCAUAGACCUCUCUGAAAAAAUUAAACAAGGAGAUAGUAGCCUGGUGUUUGGAAUGAAACCUGGUGACCCACGCAUUUUGCAGAAGUUAGAUGACGAUGGAUUGCCGUUUAUAGGAGCAAAACUGCAGUAUGGAGAUCCAUAUUACAGCUACCUAAACCUCAACACUGGAGAAAGUUUUGUGAUGUACUAUAAGAGUAAAGAAAAUUGUGUUGUGGAUAACAUCAAAGUGUGCAGUAAUGACACUGGGAGUGGAAAAUUCAAGUGUGUUUGCAUCACUAUGAGAGUGCCUCGGAACCCAACUAUCGGAGAUAAAUUUGCCAGUCGUCAUGGGCAGAAGGGCAUUUUAAGCAGAUUGUGGCCGGCUGAGGACAUGCCUUUUACUGAGAGUGGGAUGGUCCCAGACAUUCUGUUCAAUCCCCAUGGUUUUCCAUCCCGCAUGACCAUUGGGAUGUUAAUUGAGAGUAUGGCCGGGAAGUCUGCAGCUUUGCAUGGUCUCUGCCAUGAUGCUACACCCUUCAUCUUCUCGGAGGAGAACUCGGCCUUAGAAUACUUUGGUGAGAUGUUAAAGGCUGCUGGCUACAAUUUCUAUGGCACCGAGAGGUUAUAUAGUGGCAUCAGUGGGCUAGAACUGGAAGCAGACAUCUUCAUAGGAGUGGUUUAUUAUCAGCGCUUACGCCAUAUGGUCUCAGACAAAUUUCAAGUAAGGACAACUGGAGCCCGAGACAGAGUCACCAACCAGCCUAUUGGGGGAAGAAAUGUCCAGGGUGGAAUCCGUUUUGGGGAGAUGGAACGGGAUGCGCUUUUAGCUCACGGUACAUCUUUUCUCCUUCAUGACCGCCUCUUCAACUGCUCGGAUCGGUCGGUAGCCCAUGUGUGUGUGAAGUGUGGCAGUUUACUCUCUCCACUGUUGGAGAAGCCACCCCCUUCUUGGUCUGCCAUGCGCAACAGAAAAUACAACUGUACUCUGUGUAAUCGCAGUGACACUAUCGAUACUGUUUCUGUGCCUUAUGUUUUUCGGUAUUUUGUAGCUGAAUUAGCAGCUAUGAACAUCAAAGUGAAACUGGAUGUUGUUUAACUUGAUGUUGACCUUUUGGAUUAAGAGGACUAUCAGAUUAAAGCAAAAUGUAAUUUUAGUUCAAUGAAGAUAAUAUUACCAGGUUACUCUUGAGAUUUUUCAAAGGUGUUAGAACUCUCAACCAAGACCUGAAAACCAAGAAUGCAAGGUUUCUGAAUCUCUCUGGUAGAUAAACUAUUGACAAGGAUUUUCUGUAUCUUCGUUCAAAAAUUUCAUGUCUUCUCAAAAUAUGAAAUAUUGAUAAAUGGAAGAGCAUACAGUGACAAGUCUCCUUUCCAACCCCAGGUUCCCUACACCCUGCUCUCAGCAGGCAGUGACUGUCACACACCUGUUAAUCCAUCUUGAGCAGGACAGUCCUAUACAAAUAGAAUGCAAGCUGUAAUAUAAUGUAAUUUUAUAUUUUCUUAUAGCCACAUUGAAGUAAAAACAAACAGGUACAGUGUUUUUUACCAGCUUUAUAGAAGUACAGUUGUUACAUAUUUAAAGAAUACAAUUUGAUGGGUCUGACUAUAUGCACACACCUUUGAUACCAUCACCACAAUCAGCGUAAUAAACAUAUCUGUCAUCUCCA